AUGGACUGGGACGCCCAACAACAUUUCCAUCUCCAUCGUGGGAUGGAUUGGGAGGCAGCAUCGGCGGCCGCAGCAACAGCGCAGCAACACAUGGCGCAACCCUUCAUGGACCGCACCCUCUUUUUGCACCCGGCCGUGGCCCGAUGGCAGCAGCCCGUGUAUGGGACGAUGGAUCCUCCCACUCGGAAUGAACAGAAUGCCAGUGAUGACGACAAUAAUGAUGAGCUUCCUCCUCCACUUCCUCCUGCAACACUAGAGCCAUACCAUGAACAAGACGACGAAGAGGAGGAGGAGGAAAUCCGAACCAAGCGAAAUAGUAAACAUCACUCUUCCUCCAACAGCCACAAUCCCCGCAAAGCUCCUCAAUACACUCCGACCAACAAUUUGAAAACAUCGGCCAAGGGGGGCAAAUCCACCUUUGGAUCCAAGGACAAGCCACUCAGUACUUCCUAUGGGUUCAUUGAUGGACGGAGCAAUGCACAAGCCAGUUUUGAACAAAAGGUCCGAAUGCUCAAAGCGUACAAGGAUGAACACGGCCAUUUGAACUUUCCCCAAUACGUGGAAGAUCCCAAACAUCCCCAUCGUCGUCUCUACGCUUUCUUGCACCAACAACGCAAGUUUCACCGGUACUUGCAACGAGGCGACAAGGUGCCGCUGACACAAGAACGCAUCGACUACCUCACGAAUGCGCUCGGCGAAUGGUUGCCCAAAAAGGAAGGAGACGAUGCUUGGCCGGAACAAAUGGAACAAUUGGUGGCAUUUCACACACAACAUGGACAUACAUGUGUGAGGGCGGUGGAUCCCAAUCAUGCACUCGUUCCCUUUGUCGUCAAGAUGCGCAAGGCAUUUCGGUAUUUGGAAGAAAAGACAGCGUACGAACAGAAAAAGGCCGCGGGGGAGCUCGACAGUGAUGACGAACCGUUUAUCGAUCGGUAUGCCGCCAAACCGAAACAGGCGCGGAGUGGAGAUGCACCAAUGCAACCAGGGAACAAUGGCAACAACAACAAUGGGGCUGCUCAGGGAGAUCCACCGGCCAAAACAGAUGGAGAAACGUCGGGCAGUGAAAAAGAGCAACAACAACAACCCGCCCAAAAGAAACUCUACAGUGUCAAACCAUCGGGACCACGCCGCAACAAACCCACUGGAGCGCCUCGCAUUCCUGUCUUUUACACACGGGACAAACACGAAAUUCUCCAGGCACUCGAAUGCCCUUUUAUGGAAAGCUUUUGCGAGCACCCCGAUGCCAAAAUCAAGAGUGCCAAAUUGGCGGAUACGAAAUGGUAUCAGUGGGCCGCACAGCUCCGCGAGUUGCGUCAAACCGAACCCGACAAUCAUCUCUUGAAAUAUGUCAAGAGUGCGCGGUCAUUGUCGGGAUUGGAUUUGUGGGUGUAUCGCAAUCGGGAAGCCUAUCACACGCUGCUCCAAACGCGACCGCAUAUUGUCGAUCGUACCAAGGAAUUGCCCGCCACUGCUCCUCGGUCGCACAAAUUCUUGCGCAAAUUGUUUCUGGAGGUGCUCCAGGAUGACAUUGGUUUGGAAAUGGAUCCGGCCAUCUGUAAAAAGGAGUUUGAUAAACAAAAGAAGGCUCUGGAACUCAAAUUGAAACAAAAGGCGAUUGAAGAACGACGCAGGCAAACACCCGAAUACAAACUGGUGGUUGCCAAGGAAGUCGAAACUGCUUCCAUGGACGAAGUGGAAGAAGCAAAGAGAAAGCUCAUGGAAGCCCAAAAAGUGGUCGAUAUGGCGAUGCAAAAACUAAGUGCGGCCAAGUACGAGCGUGAAAUACUGCAACAAAAGGUCGAUGCAAAUCCAAUGUACAAACCUGUGCAUGUCCACCCUCGUGGCGAAGACAGUCACAGUGGCCGUGCUACGGUUGUCGGAAUGUGCGUGCGAUCGGUCAAAGGAACCUUUGGACCAAAGACAUUCUAUACAGUUAGGUUUGACGACGAGAAAGACAAAGUAGUGCAUGGCGUGGAUGCCGCCUUUUGUGAACGUCUCGACCUGAAAAAACCAGCUGCAGCUGCCACAGCACUUCUUCCAGCAACAGCCGCUGCCAAAGCUCCUCUAGCUGAUAAUGGCAAUCACGACAAAUCUUCUCCGGGACAACAGAAAGAGGUUCCAGCCACACAGGGUGCCACGGUGCCGCCACACGUGGAUGGAUCGGUAGCUGCUGCUCAAAAGCCAGCACCAGUACAAGCAAAUGACAGUGCAGCAGAGCAAACACGACAACAAACAGCGAAAGACACAGCAGUGUCAGCUACUGCAGGGGGGGCCCCUUCGGCCAACGAUGAUGAUGCAAAGCAAAAUUCAGAAUCUUCUCCAUCUCCCACAACGAAACGUGGUCGCAAACGAAAGACCCCACCCGAGGAAAGUGACAACAGCCCCGAGGAGCAGUUUAUCGAUGUGCCGGUGGAAAUUGUGUUGUCUCGAAACAAGGGCGAGAAAAGUUGGGGAAUAAAACUUGGCGUGAGUGCAUCUGGUGGUGCUCAUAUUCAAGCAUUUACAGACGGACCGGCAUGCCGGCACGACGACAUUUUUACCGAAGACAAGGUUGUGGGAGUCAAUGGAAAGUCAUUGCACACAUUCGGUGACAUUGUGAAAGAAAUUCAAGCCCCCAAUAAGAACGGCAUUCUCAAGCUCACUCUGAUGCGCAAGGUUCCAGCACCUCCUCCAGCCCCACCGGCGCCCAUGACAACUCGCAGGCGAGCGGCCAAAUCCGGCAUACUUCCAGACCCCCCUUCCGGGCCCGCGAAAAAAGCUAAAAGGCGCAAAACCACUGCCAAGAAGAGAGUUCCAGCACCUCCUCCGGAUCCACCGAUCCCCGUGAAAUCUCCCAAACGAGCCAAGAACAACAACAACAACGCGAAGAAGAAAGUUCCAGCUGUAUCUCAAUGGCCAUCUCAGCAGACCACGACGAUGAUGACUCGAGGGAGUGCCACUAAAAGGGUAGCUGAAAAGCUUUUGCGUCUUCGCCGUUAG